AUGCAGAACGCCCAGGCUGGAAGCAUGCUUCGCAGCGCAACGGCCGGACAGGCCCUGGCAGCCGACUUCCUACGCCUGGAAGCCCACCGGGAUGCUCUGGAGGGCAAGCAAUUGCGCUGCUUGGAGGACAUGGAGAACCGGAAGCAGGUGAACCAGCAGAGGCGGAAGGCAUAUGCCGACAUCCUCGAUCGUCGUUUGCGAGCUGAGGGUACGCAGCAAAGCUUCACCAAAGAGCGAAACCUGGUGAUCCGUACGGAGGCAACCCGCCUGUGCAGCUCAGCCGGCGGUGAUGGGGAGGCGGUCAACCAGAUCCGCGCCAGCAAAGAGCGCUUUGCGCUCGAGGUGGAGCAGAUGUGGCAAGACUGGCAGCAGCGAGUGGCGACAAAGAUUCGCGAGGACAUCGACGUAGCUCGGAGAGAUGCCGAGCACUGCAAAGCUCGACAGCAGGAAGCCAUGGAGGCCAUGCCGGACAAGGACCUGCCCCUCACUGCGGUCGUGGGGGCAGCUGCGGCCGCCAGCGCGGUGGUUGGCGCUGCCACGGGGGUGGCUCUCUUUAUGGCUCUGAAGGGCAAAGAGAAAGCCACCAGCAACGGCCCUUCACAGCCAGAAGCCGCAAAUGCGCACGUGAAGCCAGCGGGAGCAGCUAGCGGCAUGAUGGUGGAGGAUUCCGGAGUUCGCAAGCGACUAGGCGAGGACGAGUACCCAGCGAAUGCUGGCCCAACCGUAAACCUGGAGUACUUCAAAUCGAAGGAUCCGAAUGUGAAGUUUAACUGGAAGCGAGUUGUGGGUCGAAAAAUUAUUUUCCUCUUCGACACCGUCGACCAAAGCCGGUUUUUCGAGCAGCUCUCGCUGCUCCAGGCUCUCCAGGGCUUUGCAGUGCCAGAUGGCGAGGACAAACAAACCAAGUGGAAAACAUAUGUGAACGCUGGUGCUUAUUCCUGGGGCAGAGCAUCUCAAAUCACAGUGGUGAUCCCGUGGUACAGACCAUGCCAGAUGGAGAGAACCAGCAGAUGGCACCUCGAUGAGAGUGGGAAGUGGGUCAACAGCAACCCGGAGGGAGCCUGGCUGGAUGUGCCCAAUGCCCUGUACAUGGCACGUCUCCUUGCAACCCCGGGCUCUGUCCCGCCACUUCCGGGGCCGAACAGCUCCAUGGAUGGAAUGCCGCUGAACCCGCUGUGGCGCCCGCCGCUUGAGCUCCUGUUUGUGGAGCUUCAUGAGGAAGCCCCAGUGGCGCGGUCCGUCAGCGACCUGGGUGCUACCAUCAGGAUGGAACGAUUUGUUCCUUACUUCCUGAAGAAAUACAAAGCCAAGCCCACAUAUCCAGGCAAGAACAAUGUCUACAUUCUCUUCCCUGACCAUGGCGCGUACGAUCGCUACGCGGAAGCUGUGGAGCAGGAGCUCAUCCUCGACCUGGACCACAUAUUGUACAUCAAGAAGACGCGGGUUGGCGAGUCCAUAGGACAGGAACAGAAGCUCUUCUAUGACCAGAACAGGACCGAGUAUGAGAAGACUAGCCAGUUUAAUCCUGACAAGGACCACAUCCUGAUCAUUGAUGACUUUACCAACUCAGGCAGCACUCUCUUCGGUGCGGUUGAGUUAGUCAAGAAGUACGCGGGCGGCAAGGAGAUCAAUGUGUCAAUUUUUGUGUCCCACCUCGUGGCAACCUACGAUCCAAAGGUUGUCGAGGGGCUGAAGGACAAGCUUCACAAGCUUGGCAAGCAAUGCCGGUUCUACACCACGAACUCCAUCCCGCUCACCACGGACUUGCUUAAAGGAGAUGACCAGGCCACAGUGAUCGACAUCUCCGACUUUAUUGCAGAGCUAGUGGCCGAGAAAUGA